ACCACAUAAAUGAAGAUGUCAAACUAGAUGUCGCAGUGUUCGGCGGGGAGCGAAAUAGUGUUUGUGUCGCUGCGAGAAGGAGUAGCCAAGCAGACUUGUCUACCACGUCGACAUCGCAACGACAAAAUGAAGCACCUAUUCCUCGCAGAUUGGUUUUCCUUGAUUGGAAUGCCCUGUUUAUUGGUCUUUUGUGGGCAGCUCAUUGCUUGGGCGCAGUGAUGACAGUUCAAGGCAUGAAACGUUGGGGUCCAGAUUUCGUGCACUCAUCUUUCGCGGCACCCUACAUAGAGAGGACAUGUUUGCAACGUCCUCGGUUGAAUAGCGGAACGAGGUCUUUCGCGGUUCAAAAUCAUGUUCAUUUUCAACCACUACAAUCUCUGCUGCAUCAAGAAGAUUCUGCUGGUAGUACUACUGGUGGAACAAGUACUAGUGGCCUUCAUCUUCAACAUUCA